AAGCGAUCUGUUGGGAGGAGGGCCGUAUAACUACGUUCCGAUACACACAUAUGUUGUGUUGGUGUAUAAAUUUGCUGUGAUACUUUUAAAGAGGAAAACCUUUUUAGGUGUGUUAAAACUGGCAGGAUUUUUAUGCUGAGUGUGUGCUCUUGAAUUGGUGAUCAGUAUCCACAGGACAUCACCAUGGAGCUGGCACACAGUCUUUUACUCAACGAGGAGGCCCUCAAGAGGAUCCAGGAAUCCAAAAAACCUGUCUUCGUAUUUGAAUGGCUGCGCUUUCUCAACAAAGUUCUUGGAGCUGCACAAAAGUCUGACAUAAAAGGAAGUCAAAAGAAACUUGUUGAACAACUGACUCUACAGAUUAGUGAAUCGCCGGGCCCUCCAACACGCAAGUUAUUGGCCCGGUGUCUGGCAACACUUUUCAGUGUAGGAGACACAUUUGAUUUAUUUGAAACCAUCAACAAGUGUAAUGACAUCAUCAGAACCAAGGAUGACUCCCCAAGCUAUUUGCCAACUCGACUAUCUGCAAUUGCCUGCCUCGGGGCCAUGUACGACAGGUUGGGAAGAAUGGUGGGUCGGUCUUACGAAGAAACAGUUCAGAUUCUCAUCAAAUCUCUCAAAAAUGCAGAGUCUCAAGGACGAUGUGAGAUCAUGCUGACCCUGGAGAAGGUGGUGGGCGGGAUCGGCUCGGCCGGCAAUAACUGUCACAAGGACAUCUACAAGGCUGCUAGGCAGGCAAUGACGGACCGGUCCAUGUCCGUUAGGUGGGCUGCGGCAAAGUGUAUGUACCAGUUAGUUAAUGAAGCUCCAUUUAUGUACAACAAUGAGCUUGAAACAGUUGCCUCCCUUUGUUUCCGUGCACUUGAUGGGUCCAAUUAUGAUGUUCGCUGUGCUGUUGCUAAGCUGCUGGGAAAUUUGAUGGCUACUGCCCAAGCACCACCAAAGACUUCUUAUGUGAAGUCAAAGAAUGUGAAACUAGUGGAUGUGCUAAACAUCCUGGCGUCAGGCUUCUUGAAGGGCGGUAUUGGUCUGUGGAAGGGAAGCACCGCAGGGGAAAUGAUCAAGGGGAGCAGUAGUGUCAACCGUGAAAUACGUGUUGGUGUCACACAUUCCUAUGUUGAGUUUGUCAGGUGUAUGGGUGGACUCUGGUUAGAGAGAAAUAUUUCCGUUUUCCUCAGUCACAUUCUCGACUUGGUAGCCAAUUCGAGAGCCACGCCCACCCAUGUGGACGCAGUGUAUGCACGGAAAUGUGUGCUCUUCAUCCUCCGAUCUGUGAUAGGCGAGAUGCUGGGAGAGAAGGCACAGAUAGCUGCUGCCAAGGAGAUCUGCCAGAUCAUUAUUAAACAAAUGAAUACUGUGGGUGAGGCGACUGUGGAUGCCGUGGAAGGAAAGUCACAGAGUAUGGACCUGUCAUCGAGCCAGCACGUCCUCGUGUGUGCACUCCACGAGUUGGGAUGUCUGGUCCUGCGUCUUGGUUCAUCAGCCAGUCCACUCGUUCAAGAACCAGCAACAGGUAUCAUCGAGCCAGUUGUGUCUGUGUUGAUUCACCCGAGCCACGCAGCAAGACUGUCGGCCUCCUGGUGUCUGGGUAGUAUAGCUGUGGCCCUGCCCUCUCAACUCACCCCUCUGCUCGACCGGUGCAUGGAGCGAAUGGAGAAGCUGAAGUCGUCGCCGGAAGCAAUCUCGGGGUACAGCAGUGCACUGGCAGCCCUACUGGGUGGGGUGUAUCAGUGUCCGCUGGGCAUUCCACAUGCUAAAGGAAAGCAAAUAUUUAUGAUUGCCGAGGAGCUGAUACGUACAGCGUCACAGAACAGCAGACUGUCUCUACAGAGAACUCAGUCUGGCUGGCUGUUGCUAGGCGCUCUGAUGACCCUCGGUCAAGCUGUGGUCAGAAAUCACCUUCCCAGAAUGCUGUUGCUAUGGCGUAAUGCAUUUCCAAGAUCGACACGAGAGCUGGAAUCGGAAAAGGUCCGAGGAGAUUCGUUCACUUGGCAGGUUACUCUGGAGGGACGAUCUGGCGCACUUGGAGCUAUGAACAGUUUCCUGUUGUACUGCCGAGAACUGGUUACCGAGGAUGUGAUUCGCAGACUGCUCGCUCCCAUGGAGUGUGCCCUUCUCAUGUUGUCACAUCUACCCAGUGUGAUAAAACUGUAUGGUACUCAUCUUAAAGCAAGCGCUGCUAUGGUCAGAUUACGAGUUUACGAUGUCUUGGCGCUACUUCCUGCAGAAUCAUUUGAAGGUGUGUAUCCAAUGCUUCUUAGAGAGUUGGUGGCCGAGUUUACUCUGACAGACAAUCCAGCUAAUACGACCACCUCUCUUCUCCGAUCCAUGUGUCACGUUGACGACAGUGUCAUACUGGGAUCCUGGCUGCAGGAGACCGAUCACAAGGCUAUUGAAGAUCAGUUACAGCCGAACAGUGCGUCGGGUUCAGGGGCAUUGGAGCAUGACGCCCGCUACCUGUACGCUAGAUGUCCAUCGAGUGAUCCGGUUCCAGGGCCGCUACCUCUGGGUGUGGCAGUAAUCGACAGCUCGGUGCGACUUUACGGACUCAUCUUCCCCCGCGUGGCCCACAAACACCGCUACCAGAUGUUACAGCACUUCAAUGAGUGCAUCAAGCAGGCCAAGUCCACACGACAACAGGCCGUCCAGAUGAACAUCUUCACAGCCGUACUGUGUGCAAUGAAGGGUCUGGCUGAAACUAAAACCAGCCUUGGAGGGGAUGAUGUGAAAAAAUCUGCAAUAUCACUCAUCAUGGGUGCGUUGAGCAGCUCAAACCCGAUUCUGCGCUGUGCUGCGGGAGAAGCAUUGGGGCGGAUGGCACAAGUCGUUGGAGACAGCAGGUUCAUCGCAGAGAUGGCACAGUACAGCUUCGACAAGUUAAAGUCGGCUAGAGAUGUGGUGAGUCGCACUGGACACUCCCUAGCACUGGGCUGUCUGCACCGCUAUGUGGGUGGCAUGGGAUCUGGCCAGCACCUCAACACCAGCGUCAGCAUCCUCCUGGCGCUCGCACAGGACUUCAACUCGCCAAUUGUGCAGGUUUGGGCUCUUCACGCUCUGGCCCUGAUAGCCGACUCGGGUGGCCCGAUGUUCCGGAGUUACGUGGAGCCGACUCUGUCUCUAGUUCUACAGCUGCUGUUGACCGUCCCUCCCUCGUCUGUUGACGUGCACCAGUGUCUGGGCAAGUGUCUGUCUGCUCUUAUCACAUCUAUAGGACCAGAGUUUCAAGGUAACAGCAGUUCUAUAGCAACGGCGCGAUUGUAUGGCCUGGUGUGCUGUGCGGUGAUGCAGGAUCACUCGGAUUCCAUGGUGCAGGCCGAGGCCAUCACGUGUCUACAACAGCUGCACAUGUUCGCCCCGAGACACGUCAACCUGACCAACCUAGUGCCACAUCUGUGUGAAACACUGACAAGUUCCCAUCUACUUCUGCGCCGAGCGGCGGUGGCAUGUCUGCGUCAGCUUGUGAACCGUGAAGCGAAGGAGAUCAGCGAACAGGCUCUGUCGCUGUCUGGUGAGGGCAAGGAUGGCAAGUCGUGUGUGAAUAUCACAGAGAGCGGGCUCGAGGGCACACUGUUCGGCAUGCUGGACACCGAGAUAGACGGCAAGCUGAUAUCGGACACCCAGGACACGAUAGACAGUCUGCUGCAGUCGCUGGCCAUCCCCAACCUCACACGCUGGCUGCAGCUGCUGAAAGACGUGUUGUCGGCUUCUACAGAUACUACGAGCAGCAUUCCUGACGAGAGUGAAGGGCUGGCUGACAAUGAUGAUGACGACGAGAACGAAGACACUGAUGUCGGAGUCCAGUUCAAAGCUGCGGAACAAGAAACCACUCAUCCUUCUGUUGCACCCAGGUGGCCCACGCGUGUGUUUGCCGUUGAGUGUCUGAUGAAGAUCAUGGCGACAUGUGAUGGUGGAGAAUCACAGUUUGAUCUGAUCACAGCCAAAAAACUGUACGAACGAACCGGAAACAGAAGCUACUUGGCUUUACAUCUGUCUGACUUGAUCCGAAUGGCUUUUAUCGCUGCCACGUCUGACAGCAACCAGCUUAGACUGGCAGGUCUAGCUGCCCUUGAGGAAAUAAUUGUAAAGUUUGCAAAGGUUCCUGAACCCGAGUUUCCUGGUCACGUAAUACUGGAACAAUAUCAAGCUCAGGUGGGAGCUGCCUUGAGGCCGGCAUUUUCACCAGACACUCCGUCAGAUGUGACAGCUAAAGCAUGUGAGGUGUGCAGUACGUGGAUCGGAAGUGGGGUGGCUCGUGACCUCAAUGACCUCCGCCGGGUUCACCAACUGCUGGUGUCCUCGCUAGCCAAGCUGAAGCAAGGCAAGUCCCAGUCUCCUCUGUACAACGAGAGCGCUUCAACCAUGGAGAAACUGGCUGUCAUCAAGGCAUGGGCAGAGGUUUACAUUGUGGCUGUCGACCGAGAGGCUGAGAAGAUGCAGAAGCUGAGCUCGAGACCAAAGGAAGAAGAUGAAGAUGGCUACCAGUGUGGUGGGGAGAGCUUGCUGAGUCUAGUCCAGCCGGAGUUGUCUGCUCUUAGUCAGCACUGGCUCAGUGCUUUGAGAGAUCAUGCCCUUCUCUCCUUGCCAGCAGAGUAUUCUCGUCAGCUUCCUUCCGAAGGUGGAGCCUUCUAUCACCCUGAUACAAUAGAGAUGGCUCGUGCGCACUACAAGAAGUCGUGGCCGCCUAUUCUCUACGCGCUGUCCGUGUGGCUCAAGGAGAAAGGUUUCUCUGACGUCGGAGAUGAGAAGCAGAGUGAAGGCGGCAUUAUCCGAUCUGUCGGGGGAUUGAGUCUACAGCCAGCCAACUCACCUGCCAACAUGAAGCCACAGGAAUUGAAUAAGGACAGAUUUUAUUUAAUUUUAGGUAUCUGUAUGGAGUCGAUGUGUAGUCCGACGUCGCGCCUGCCAGUUGAGACUGUGGAGAAAUGUUUACGAGGUCUGUGUGCACUGCUUGACACCAGGUGGCCGCGCAGGCAACUCGGAGACGACCCCAUCCUGUCAAGGGAACUUCUGAAUGUGAUGCACAGAAUUAUUUUGACAAGAGAUGACCUGACAAUACAGACUCUGGCCAUGGAUGUUGUUAAGAAAGUAGUAAGAUCAGCUCAGGAGAAUUUGGAUGCAGAGAGAGCUCGGUUGAAAGAGAAAGAGCUGACCACGCCCAGCACGACGGAGAGCAGCACCGAGUCGAUGGACACCACCGACAGCACCGCCAGUACCGGGAGCACGGGGGAGGGGGGCGACACGGGGGACAUCGACCAGAACAGGUCCGUGGUGUUCGCCACGCUCGAGGUGUGUCUGUGUGGCCUGGUGCGCCAGGUUCCAGCCAUGAACCCAUCGGCCCCGACAACCGGCUUUCAGACGCCCACACACCAGAGGAAGCUGUCCGAAGAGUCCUGUCGGCUCAUUUCCACUGUUGUCACAACAAUGGCCGACAUAGUGCAACUCUGUUCUCCAUCAGGUGCUGUUACUGUGCUGCCCACCAUCCUACAUCUGAUCACGAGCUUGAUGCGCGAAGUGGUUUCCAAGUCGACCGAGACGAAGGCCACCAUGGUGAUAUCAGCCUGUCUACAGUCACUCAAGUCACUCUGCAUGUCACAGUUCGCUGAAGACCCGGUCAGUAGUGCCAGCUGGCUGUGUCUCCUACAGAGCGCCAUGACGACUCUCAUCCAGUAUGCUGAACCUAAUGAAGAGAAGCCGGGUCUUGAUGAGGGGACUCUGAUGUUGUCUCUGGCCAUCUUCACCAUAUCGUGCCCGAGGAAGACCACAUCCAUUCCCGCACUGUUGAAUCCAACCUUGAAAGUCUACCAAGAAACGUGGCAGUCGCAAGACAUUCAAAUCCGUAUAAAGUGUGUUCAGACCCUCAUCUCGGUACUACAGCACCCCGACCGACAGGUGGCCACCCCGUACAUCCACGCCUUGUCUGCCAAGAUGAUUGAAUAUCUGUAUGGUGUCACCACGGCGCGGCCAGGCAAUGAAACUGAACUACAGUUGGUGCUAGAGAUACUCAAGAUGGUGGAGACAUUGAUAGCUAUAGCUAACGAAGACAAACGUAUAACUCUCAUUGCUUUACUGGUGCCAAUUCUUGUUUCGUAUUUACUUGACGGAAAAGACUUAGCAACUGCCAGCAAACCUUCAAGAGAACUGCACGACCAGGCUCUGGAAACACUGAUGAAAAUUGGACCUCUGUACCCCGAACAGUUUAGAACUGUAAUGAGUGCAUCCGCCGAAUUGAAACCAAGGCUAGAGGCUGCUGUGAAAAUAGACCAGGCAGCCAAAGCUAGGAUGAAAUCAAAACCAGUGACUAAAGCUGUGGCCGAGCCCUCAAAACCGACAAUAACAUUAAAAACAGACUUUAGUAAUUUUACUGGAUGAUUGUUGUAAAAUAGCCUAGCUAGCUAUCCGUGGUCGGUGAUUGUGGAGAUAGGGAGUUCUUGAGGUUUGGAAAGAAUGUGCUAAUUUUUAAAACUAUUAUUUCUUUUUAUUAUGAGAGAUCAAAAUAUGUGAGAUAUACAGAAGAUAUAUCAUCAGUGUGUAUCUGUGGAGCAAGUUCAGUGUCUUGUAUUUGUGGUUUUAUCUGUUUUCUGAUUCCCGGCCAUUAUGUAAAAACUAAAUAGCAAAACCAUCAUCAUACUGUACAGUAGUUUAUUUGAAUGACCAUUACAGAAGAUUUUGAUGAAAUAUUUAGCUGCUUACUGGGCGACUAUUAAAACAAUUUUAAAUGCCUUUUUAUUUGUUACGUGAGAUAAAACUAAGCAGUAUACAACAUUAAUUAGAUUUAAUAAUAAAAAUAAAUUUAUUUGGAAUGAAUGUACAGAUAUGACACAUUAAUUUGGUUCUUUAUAUUAUUCGUAUUCACAUAAUAGUGAAAAAAAUAUACUUGAUUGACAAAAAGUGGAUUUAACUCUUUCAAAGACAAGAGUUGCAUCCACUGUUAAUUAAAAAUAACCUAUUUUAUUAAUUUAAAAAAAAAAAAACCCAGUAAACCCACUAA